AUGUCGGUCACGCUCCACACGAAUUUGGGCGACAUCAAGUGCGAAAUCUUCUGCGACGAGGUUCCUAAGACUGCUGAGAACUUCCUGGCACUAUGUGCGAGUGGCUAUUACGAUGGAACCAUAUUUCAUCGGAAUAUCAAAGGCUUCAUGAUUCAAGGUGGUGACCCAACUAACACUGGCAAGGGCGGGACAAGCAUAUGGGGUAAAAAGUUCAAUGACGAGAUAAGAGAGUCUCUUAAGCACAAUGCUAGAGGUAUAUUAUCCAUGGCUAACAGUGGGCCUAAUACCAAUGGAAGCCAAUUUUUCAUUACUUAUGGCAAGCAACCACAUCUUAAUGGACUUUACACCAUUUUCGGCAAAGUGAUUCAUGGUUUUGAUAUUCUCGACAUAAUGGAAAAGGCUCAAACAGGACCUGGGGAUCGGCCUCUGAUGGAGAUCAGGGUUAACCGUGUGACGAUACAUGCUAACCCACUUGCCGGUUAA